AUGCUACGUGGAUUAACUCUUAGAAGAGCCCUGAAUGUGGGUAGAACCUCUUUCAGAAGAACUUUGGCUUCUGUCGCUACUGAAUUACCAACUACUCAAACUUCAACUUUACCAAACGGAUUAACCGUUGCCUCUGAAUAUAUUCCAAAUUCUUCAACUGCUACCGUUGGUAUAUGGAUUGAUGCUGGUUCAAGAGCUGAAAAUGCUGAAAAUAAUGGUACUGCUCAUUUCUUAGAACAUUUAGCUUUCAAAGGUACCACCACAAGAUCUCAAUUAGCCCUUGAAUUAGAAAUUGAAGAUUUAGGUGCCCAUUUAAAUGCUUAUACAUCAAGAGAAAACACUGUUUAUUAUGCUAAAUCUACUGAAAAUGAUAUACCUAAAGCUAUUAACGUCUUAUCAGACAUUUUAACAAAAUCAACAUUAGAACCAAAAGCUAUUGAAAGAGAACGUGAUGUUAUAAUAAGAGAAUCUGAAGAAGUUGACAAAAUGUAUGAUGAAGUUGUUUUUGACCAUUUACAUUCAAUUUGUUAUAAAAAUCAACCUUUAGGUCGUACAAUCUUGGGACCUUUGAAAAACAUCAAAACAAUCAAAAGAGAUGAUUUGAAAAAUUAUAUUGGUAAAAAUUACGCAGCUGAUAGAAUGGUUUUAGUUGGUGCUGGUUCAGUUAAUCAUGAACAAUUAGUUAAGUUUGCUGGUCAAUAUUUUAAUCAUUUAGUUCCAUCACCAAGUAAACUACCUUUAGGUUCCCCUCGUGGUGAAAUCCCAGUUUUCCAUGGUAAUGAAAUUAAAAUCCAAGAUGAUUCCAUCCCAAAUACUCAUUUAGCAAUUGCUGUUGAAGGUGUUAGUUGGUCUGGAGCUGAUUAUUUCACAGCCCUAGUUACACAAUCAAUUGUGGGUAAUUGGGAUAGAUCAUUGGGUACCGGUUCAAACUCUCCAUCACAAUUAGCAUUAGCCGUUGCAAAUGGUGUUAAUGGUAAUGGUGAACCUUUAGCUAACUCAUAUAUGUCUUUCUCAACAAGUUAUUCAGACACCGGUUUGUGGGGUGUCUAUUUAACAGCUGAUAAAAAUGCUAAUUUAAAAUUAGUCCUUGAUGAAAUUGUUAAAGAAUGGAAUAGAUUGAAAAGAGGUGAUAUAACAGAUGAUGAAAUCCAAAGAGCAAAAGCACAAUUGAAGGCAUCAUUGUUAUUAAGUCUUGAUGGAUCAACUGCUAUUGCUGAAGAUAUUGGUAGACAAAUUGUCACCACUGGUAAAAGAUUGAGCCCUGAAGAAGUAUUCCAAAAAGUUGAUGUGAUAAAUAAAGAAGAUGUUGUCAACUGGGCCAACUAUAGAUUAAAAGAUAAACCUGUUUCCAUUGCAGCUGUUGGUCAUGUUUCAAGUGUACCACCAGUGAGCCAGGUCACAGAAGCUCUAUACUGA